GGCGGCAGGCGGCGGCGGCGGCGGCGGAUAUGGAGGGCGGGGUGGUGGUGGAGGAUAUGGAGGCCGAGGGGGUGGAGGAGGUCGAGGAGGUGGUGGUGGUUUUUGAGGAGGUGGUGGCUUUGGAGGAGGCCGUGGAGGUCGGGGAGGUGGAGGUUUUAAAGGAGGCUUUGGUGGUCGUGGAGGUGAUCAAGGUCCCCCUGAUCAGGUUGCAGAGAUUGGUUUCUUCACACACACAGCACAGGAAGAUUUAGUAUGCACAGUAACAAAUCCGGAUGUACCCUAUUUCAAUGCUCCAGUAUACCUUGAAAAUAAAGAGCAGGUAGGGAAAGUUGAUGAAAUUUUUGGAUCUCCCCAGCAGAAGUUCAUGUCCGUCAAGUUGGGUGAAAACAUGAAAGCUAAAUCAUUUAAAGCAAACACAACGUUGUUCAUUGACCCUGCAAAACUCUUGCCACUACGAAUUUUUCUUCCUGGUGGUGAUAAAGGCCGAGGAGGUGGUAGAGGUCGUGGUGGUCGUGGAGGCGGCAGAGGUGGCGGUCGUGGUGGUGGUGGUAGGGGAGGAGGAGGAGGAUUUGGAAGAGGUGUGGGGGAGGAAGAGGAGGAGGAGGAGGAGGAUUGGUAGAGGUGGUGGUGGAAGAGGGGGGGG